GGGAGGAGUCUGAGGGGAGUGCACCAGUCCAAGGGAGGGGCACGGCUGUUUUUGUCUUGAGCUGGAAGACAGUCCUCAGCUGACUCCAGCGAGACAAUCCACUUUUUCAUUCUGCUGUCUCUUCUUUUCCGGUUUAUUCCUUCACCCCCGCUGGCACGAUGGAUAAAUUCCAGACUGUCCUGCGCUUCCUCAUGAACCAGAAGGCCACCAUUGGCUACAGUUUUAUGGCUCUCCUUACAAUAGGCGGGGAGCGAGUCUUCUCCAUGGUGUCUUUUCAGUGUCCCUGCAACCACGACCAGAACUUUGCCUAUGGGCUUACGUUCCUGCUGGGCCCCGCUGCUGUGCUGCUGGUCUUGGGUCUGUUCUUCAACAACAGGUUGUGGAGGCUUUACACGGGAUGCUGCCUCAAUCCCAUGAAGCUAUGCCCCCGCGGGAACUGCUUUGGCUGCUUCCGAGUGCUGACGAGCAUCUUCACCGGGGCGUGCGUGGCGCCGUUGAUGUGGCUCUCCGUGGCUCUGCUCAAUGGGACCUUUUACGAGUGCGCCGUCAGCGGUCUGGAUGAAAACGUGGUGGUGGAUCUGUUUUGUAAAAACAAAACUAUGACGUGUCGGGAGGAGCUGGCCCACGUACCGUGUGGCAGGUCCAAGUUGUCUGCUGAUGAGCGCAUGGAUCUGCUGCUGAUGUUCAGAGCUCAAUCUCAGAUUCUGGGCUGGUGCAUCAUCAUUAUCGCCGCCACUGCCGGGCUUCUUGGCACCUGCUACACUAACUGCCGCUCCAAAGUCAGCUUCUUGCAGCUCACCUUCUGGAAGCGCUACAUGGAGAAGGAGAAAGAGCACUUUGACACCUAUACACUCGAGUACGCCUCCAAACUGGCGGAAAGAAACUUGAAGAGUUUCUUUGACAACAAGGAUCCUGAGCCAUUCCCUUUCCCCAACCACAAGGCUUGGGAGGAGAUCUCGGCGCUUUACACCUUCUCCAGGAGCGAGCAGUAUUACAGCACCCUGCAGAGGUACGUGGAGAGGGUAGACAGGGACUUUACACCAGAGAAGAGACCCGUCAUGGACUUGGAGCGUGGAAUGGAGAUGAGCUAGAGCAGAGCAAAACAGCAGACUGAUGAAACUCUUCCAGGAAUGAAGAAUAAAGACUCAAGACGGGCACGACUACAGAUUACGGGAUAAAUCUGUAAUUAACUAAUUAAUUCAAUUUACUGCAUUUUAAUCCCAUUCAAUCUACAGUAUCAUCUGGAAACGAACAAGUAUAAUAACUAACACUAAUGCAGGGGUGUCUAAAGUGUAGCCUGGGGGCCAUUUGCGGCCUUUCGCUGUUUUUUUUUUAAAUCAUCCAGCAGCACGUUCUAAAACUAUAACAGUAGAAAUGGAAAAAUCAGCAAUUUUCCAAGAAUACAGUAAAAAUUUUAAGAUUUAAGAAAGGUUGAAAUGUCACGAGAAUACAUCCUGGCUGUCGCCCGCCUCUUGGUUAAAGUCAGCUGGGAUAGGCUCCAGCAUAGUCCACGACCCAAGUGAGGAUAAGCGGCAUAGAAGAUGGAUGGAUGGAUAAUGUUAAAAGAAAAAUUCCAUUUGACAAGAAUUAAGUCAAAAUAUGACGGGGAAAAAAGUUGUAUGCUAUUAAAGAGAAUACUGUAAUGCCGUUUUAGUAGCGUGGAGUUUAAAAAUUAAGGGAAAAAAAUCUUACUUUUAAAGUCUUAGUUUUGGGGGAAAAAAGUUAUGAAAGUAAGGGAAUAAAGUCAUUAUUUACAUGUAGACCAUUUACACAGAUUAUGUCAAAAAAGAUAACAUUUUGGAUAUUAAAAACAGCCAAAUCAAGACGACAGUCAAAGUAGAAAGAGGAACAAGUUGUAAUCAAACAAGAAAAAAAAUCUAACCACAAUAAGGUCCUAAUAUUACGAGUAAAGAUAAACAAAUAAUUUUAGUAGCAUAAAGUAUAAAUAUUUAAAGACAGCCGUUAUUUUCUUAAAGUUGCAAUAGAUUACAAAUAUUUGUCAUUUUUCUAAAAGAAGUUAUGACAUUCAUUCAUUCAUUUUCUACCGCUUAUGCUCAAGAGGGUCGCUGGGGGUGCUGGAGCCUAUCCCAGCUGUCUUUGGGCGAGAGGCGGGGUCCACCCUGGACUGGUGGCCAGCCAAUCACAGGGCACAUAUAGACAAACAACCAUUCACACUCACAUUCAUACCUAUGGACAAUUUGGAGUGGCUAAUUAACCUAGCAUGUUUUUGGAAUGUGGGAGGAAACCGGAGUACCCGGAGAAAACCCACGCAUGCACGGGGAGAACAUGCAAACUCCACACAGAGAUGGCCCAGGGUGGAAUCGAAGUCGGGUCUCCUAGCUGUGUGGCCUGCACGCUAACCACUCGGCCGUAAUGACAAUAAAGUGGAAAUAAUAUGGAAAUUAAUUCAUAGUUACAAAAAGAAAAUUCCCAAAGCUGCGCUUUUUUAAAAGAAUUAUUUCAAAGUGGCCCUCACUCAUAAGCACUCAUGCGCUCCCAAAACACUGCAGUUUGCAAGCAUGCAAACUGAGACACUGCAAAACGUCAAUGAAUUGAACUGCUAAUUUCUAGCAAAACUCACCUGUGUUAUGUUACAUGUAUUGAAAGAUUCCUCCUAAUGAUGGUAUUUAUUUUUGCACUAAACAUGUACAAGCACCAGGCAAGAUGCUUAAGAAUAUUGUUUCAGAACAGCAGACGGUCAUUAAAGUGAUGAUGAGGCUGUCAGGAUGAAAUACUGUUGUGUUGUUAACCUGU